CGAGCGCAAACAUGUCGAUGCUCCCUGACAAGUGGAGCUAUCAGCACUUGAAGGCGGCGUCAGACCGCACUGCUUACGCGCUGUGGCGGAGAGCGAAGAUGGCGGAGAAUAAUGUCGAACCGGAGCACGAAUGGAGUGACCGGGCCCUGGACACGGCCGACGACACUCUGGUGGCAAUGGAAACCCUGCUGGCCACACUGAGAGCAUUUGAAGACGUACUCAGGCAGCAGGAAUUAUGCACAGCGUCUUCCACGGAGUACUGCGACAACUUCUGCCAGGCACUGAUGCACUAUGCUGGGAGCAGGAACUCCAUGGAGCAUGGUCUGCCUCUUCUGGAGGUCUACUGUCUGUCCAUAAACUGUUUUGCUGCGGCCCGAUCUCACCUCACUGCAGAGUCGGACAGAGUCGCCCUUGUUUUGAAGAGACUAGCUUUGAGCUGUUUUGAACUACUUCUGUCGGUGCCUGAGAAUGAAAUCCCGUAUGAAGCCUGGGUUCAGUUCCACCACUCUGUUCAGAUUGCCCAUGAUACCUUGCUACAGUAUGGUAGCACAGACCUCCAAGCUUUACUCCAGAUCACAGGAGAGGGAGGAGCGUGGAGCAACCCUGUCCUUACAUCUCUCCUCACCGGCCAGCCCACCAAUCUAGAAGAAGUUGAUGCAUACAUCAGCUUGGAGGGCGAGGGCUUUAUGGAGAUGCGCGUGAAGCACCUGGAGAAGAUGGGGGAAGUAGCCAAGGCAGUGGUGCUGGCCAAAGCGUGCACUGAAUGCAGCGUCAUCUCCAACCAAGCUACCUUUCGUCAAACAUUUGCCUCUCUGCUUUGUCACCUGCUGCCCAAUGAAGAGGCCAUCGUGGAGAUAUCCAGACUCGACUGUAAGGAUGUACUGGAGAUCACGUGUAGUUUGGAGACAGAGGGGGAGGAGAACACCGCCUUCAUCUUGUGUACAACUUUCCUGACACAGCAGCUACAGAAGCAGAGCCUUUACUGCUCCUGGGAGUUGACUCUGUUGUGGAGUAAGCUUCAGAAGAGGAUCGACCCCUCAUCGAUGUCUCUUCUGGAACGAUGCCUUCAGCUAGGUGCCAUUGCCAAAACCGUCCACCAUUUACUUUGUUUGGUCCGCGUCAUUCAGACAGGGACGGCGGAAAUAGGGAUACCUGCCUCAGUAGAACUUUGUGUCAAAGCCCUGCAACUUCCAAAGCAGGAUGACUCAGACUCGAGGAUCUCUGUCUGUAAGACCAUGUCCUGCCUACUUCCAGGGGAUCUUGAAGUAUUGCGUGCCUGCCUACUCACAGAGUUCCUGCUCGGGCCCAGCCAGGACGUCUUUGGGUCCCUUCGGGAGCUUUACUUACGCCCAGACCAAAAGUACGACCAGGAAAAUGAGGUGAUACCCAACUCACUGCGCUGCGAGCUGCUAUUAGCACUGAAAGCAUACUGGCCUUUUGACCCUGAAUUCUGGGACUGGAAAACUCUCAAGUAUCACUGCAUCGCCCUUUUAGGGUUGAUGCCGGAGUCCGAAGAAGAAGAAGAAGAAGAGGUGGUUGUAGACAAAAGGGAGAUGGGUAAACAUGAGCCAUAUGGAAUCACGGUGAAAGUAGAAUCAGAGCAUCAAAAGAGAAUAGAUGGAAGUGUUGAUGGUCCUGGGCAGUCUUCUGACUUGGCAGACAUCUCAGGCGAAACGGAAACAAAGAAACACAGGUUCUGUUGUCAGAUUUGUAAGAGGUUGGUCACUGACACCCAACUCAUUCACCACUCCAAAAGACAUGAAAAGGACAACAACCACCCCUGCCCUCUGUGUUUGGAAAAGUUUAAGAGCAGAAGGGAUCUUGUUCCUCAUCUGAAAGACCAUGUGCAGAGUGUAAAGCAUCUUAACAAAAAUAACAUAAAGAUAGAGGAUGGGCAGAGACUGGUGGAUGAGGAUGAUAUUGAACCAGGUGAGAUCACCAUUGACCCUUCCUUAAUGCAGUAUUACAAAUCCACACAUGAUCCAGAUGUGCUGCACCACAUCGUGCAACAAGCCAAGACGGUGAAGGAGACGGAUGUGGACAACGACGAGCAUGUAACAUUCGAAUACAUUGACCAACACUUCAGUGUGCAGAACCGGGAUGAGUAUCCGUGCCCAGGAACCGGGUGCACUCGGACUUUUAAACAUUCCAAGUACUUAUAUGUCCAUUUAAAGUCCGAGCACAAAGGUGAUGACGGUGUUAAAUAUUUUCAUCAGGUGAGAGACAAGCGGGAGAAGUGCGUUUUUUGUAGACGCCAUUUUGCUUCUGCAUACCAUCACCGCAAACAUCGAAGAGUUCACUAUGGUGAUCGGCCUUACAUGUGUGUGGUUAUGGAUUGUGGCGCUCAGUUUGGUACUUCCAAUGAACUUGUCACACACAAACAGACCCAUGGCUAUCACCUAAACUACCAGUGUGACCUCAAAGAUUGUUACGUCACGUUCUCCGACCUGGGACAAAUCUAUCACCAUGAAGCACAGCAUUUCAGAGAUGCCGCGUUUACCUGCUCUAGCACUGACUGCAGUAAAUACUAUUUAUCCAAAAAAGAAUUCAUGAAGCAUUUAUCCACACAUAACAUCACCUUCUCUGAAGAAGACUUUGAGGCUCAGAGAAAGGCAAAGCGGAAACUUCUAAGGACGGUUUGUGAGGCAACAAUACGCCCUAAGUCAGUUGAUACAAAAGAGACUGUAAAUGGAGAAGUCCUAAGUUCUUCUGCAGUAAGUUGUGCCUCCACUUCGCAAGCAUCUGAUAGCAAGGAGCCCAAAGCCACAAUGACCUUGGUUGCGGUGUGUUUUGAUGGAAGUAAGUUCACCUGUGGUUUUGAGAAGUGUGGCAUGACUUUCUCCAGAGCCAGAGAUGUCCAGAGGCAUUUUAAAUGUGCCCACCCAGAACACCUUAAACUGGAGAACAAAGAGCACAAACAUGACAAAGAGCGGGGAUCAAAGUCCAAAGGGAUAAAGACUGAAACUGAGCCAGACAGUAAGGAGAAGGGAAAAGAGGAGUACUCCACUCCAGUUCAACCCAUGGAGGAUGACGAAGAAAGAAAACAAGCCACUCAUCCCAAAAACAACGAAACAAACUCUUUAAGCCUUCAAACUGAAAAUGAUACUCUGAGUGAAAUUCUCGUUGGGUUCGGUAAACUGGACCUGAAUUCUUCAUCACCUCACAGUGUGAAAAGUGAGGUCCCUGAGACUACUACAUCCCACAUAUCUCUUCAUCAUGCAAUCAUGGCAAAGCCUCCUGUUGUGUUGAUUCAGAAGAAGCCCUUUCCUCAGGAAAAGGUUAAAGUCAAAACUGAGCAAGCAACAGAAGCUGAUGAAGAAGGCAGUGUUGACUCAUUAGCCACUGCUAAGCCAUUUAUCUGUCAGAUCAAAGGUUGCAUCUUUAGGACUGCUCAGAGUUACAGCUUACGCCGACACUAUAACACCAAACAUGGCCGCACUGUAGACCAGGCCAUAAAGUUGACUUCUUUGAAAACAACAUCUUUUAAGCCUUAUGUGUGCCAGCUUUGUUCCAGGAGUCACAGACAGAAACAUUUGUUGAGGUCUCACUAUAUUCAGAUACACAACCUGAGUGAGACUUUGGUGGACAAAAUAAGCUGUGCAUCUAUACGGUGUGAGGGAAAAGACCCUAAACAACAGACAUCUCAGCUCUUGACGAACCAUGGGAAAAAAGUAUGGAAGAAAGAGUUGCAAUGCCAACAGGAGAAAAAAAAUUCAACUGUGGUAAACGAAAAUGGACAAAACAUUGACAAUCAUUCUCAGUCUGAAGAGGAAGGAGAGGAUGAAGUAGAGGGAAAAGAGAAAGACGACGAUCAGAAGGGAGAAAGUGAGGAUACGACCAAACAACAGGUCAGAACGACAAGACGUCUGGUAGCCAAAAGUAAUCUCUGCUAUAUAUUGGAUAAAUUCAGUAAACCCUUUCAUUGUGUAGCGAAAAACUGUGAUGCUGCUUUUUCCACCCAGGGAGGCCUGGUACGCCACCUACAAUUGAUACAUCAUUACAAUCGCUCUCAGCUCUUGUUGGAAAAAGAUUUUGAUGCGCAUCACAGUCCAGAAGUCAGAAAAGAGCCUGCCAAGAAAAGGCCUUUACCAAACUUUGAUGAACCUCAGCCCCAAUACAAGUGUCACUUUGCCAACUGCACCGCUUCCUACCACCUUAAGAGCAGCCUAGUGCGUCACACUCGUGAUACACACUCUCAGCCACCAGAGCUAAUAAGAUGCAAUUUUGAAGGAUGUACAAGGGUGUUCAGCCAUAAUGAUGCACUUAAAAAGCAUACACUUUAUAGUCACUGUGAGUAUUACGAUUCACUGGUGGUCCGUCUGCAGAGCACUCACAAAAAGUCAAUUACUGGAUGCCAAAAGAAGCUUAUUGUCGCACCACAGAGUCCUCAGAAAGAAGAACCCAGUUCAACCGCGCAGGCUGAGGGAUCAAGUCCAAAGCCCGAAGUGACCCCACAGUCAGAGGAAAUGGGAGAGGAAGUGGCUGUAGAGAAAGUGUCGGGAGAAAAUAAAAGCGAGAGAAGAAAUCCCUGCAGCCGCUAUGCCGUCAGAUCUCAUGAAGAAGCACUACAGAUGUGCCAGGAUCGCUGUAUGAGCGUGGCCUACCCAUGCAUGGUCCAGGACUGUGAUUCUGUUGUUGUGUACUUGAAGAGCUUGCACCGUCACUACCUGAGAGUUCACCGCAUGCGUCGGGAAGAGCUUUCUAAGAAUAUAGCGGAACUGGUUUUUAAUGCUGAGCAGCUGAAGGAAUUGAUUCAGAGGAAGUCGACCGUGCCAACAGUCACAGAAGCGUGUUCCCCCAAUGGAGUUCGCAAAAUGGAGUAUCAGGCAGAGCCAGAAAACACAGGGGGGCUGCCUGCGCCCAUGAGCUUACACGCCAUCAAGACAGAAACACGGGAGGAGGCUAAUCAUGAUUUACUGGGGUUCCCAGAGGAGGAGCAGGAGCCACCACCUGUUGAGAGAAAUGGCGUCCUUGUUGGUGCAGAUGAGGUGCUUUACGGAGAGCCGAGCACCGGUGGGCAACCUGAAGACACGGCUGCAGCAACACAGAACAGUCAGAAACCGGAGGAGAGAUUAAGCUUGGAUAAAAUCAAACCUCUUCUUCGUCCCCUCACUGUUGACCUCUCUCCACAGUGCUCGCUGCGCUUUACUGCCGAGGAGGGCUUCCAAGGCAUGUCGAGCAUCAAGGAUGGUGGAAAAAUGUCGAACGGUUCAGUACUGUUGCCGACUCUUGUUCGCCAGCCAUUAAAACGGAAAAACGAGUUGUCUGAACCGCCUUCAAACUUGAAAGACACUCAGCCUCAUAGCCCUCCUCCACACCCUUUUGACAUUGUCGCCUACAAGCCUACUGGCUUUGAGUCCUCAUUCCUGAGGUUCAUCCAAGAGACGAGCCCAAAAGACAAAAAUGCCGUUUCUGGGAAACGGCGAGACUCUUUCAGACGUAGUUGUUCUGUUAAGGAGAACAACCAGCUGGGAAUCUCUCUCACCCGCAGCAGGCGCACUCAUGCCCUGCUGCUGAAGCCCCACGCUAUGACUAGAGACUUCACAUCAAUCCAAAACUUGAAAUCCAUCUUGGACAAAGCCCUGGCUGGGUGUGGGGACCUGGCUAUUAAGCAGCUUCAGUACCUCAGACCUGUAGUGGUCCUGGGGAGACCAGUGUGCAGCACCAGCCUGCCUGACCUCUUCCCAUCAGACACCAACAGCAAAAUGCUUCUUGGAAGUUAAUUUAACAUAGCUAUGACAAAUGACUUUGUAUUUUUACAAUCUGCACCAGUAUUUUUCUUUCUCCCAAAAUAUUAGGAUUGGCUGCUUUUUAAGUUGCCAAACUGAAUAAUUAUAGAAAUGAUAUUAGCAGUAAGAUCAAAAACAAGCUUAAACAGUGCACAUUGGAUCCAAGUGGAUUGUUGUUGUUGUUCUUUUUUUUACAUCUGUUAUUAGAAAGCGUUCAGAUAACACCUGUUAUGUGUUAGUAUGGUGAGUAUGUAUAUAUUGUAGUUAUGCAAGAUGAUGUACAGAUUUUCAGAUUGUUAGAAAUGGUCAGUAGUGUAUUGCAAGGCCUUCUCAGUUGUGUGAAAAUGUGACUUAAAAAAACAUUUCCUUACUGAAAAAAUACAAGAGGAAUAUGUUUGAUUAUUUUUCACUUCGGUUUCUAUUAAAUCAGUGUUGGGAUGCAGUGGACAUGCAUCCAACACUUUUUAAAGAAAUAAAUGUGGAAACGAAGCCUUUUUCUUUCUGAAGUGUGUAAGUGACUUGUUUUUUAUAUGCAAAGUCACUGAAAUGGCAUCGUAGGAGCUGUUCGCUAAGUUGAAAAUACACUUAACUAAUUUAAAAUCAUCUGUGUUGUGUCUGUUAUUCCACUGCUUGUAAUAUAGUAUUUACUAUUAAUGGUACGCAAUAAGGUGCUGUUAUCAGAAAUUUAGUGGACCUGCGUGUGUGAGACAAAUGUGUUUAAUUAAAGUUUCACAUAUAAAUUCUGCAAUAUUGCAGCAUGGGAAUAUUGUAGACAGUGGGAGAUUGUUUUUACAUGUUUCUUUUAAAAUACUACACGCAUUUAAGGUGGGGCUCCUUACAGGUUAUUUUCUUUUGAAUAAAACUUCUGUCUUUUG